AUGCCAGGAACAGGCUCGCCAUUAUGCUCAGUAGCCGUUGAUCGUUCCGUUGAACUGGGGAUGCUAGAAAGGGCCGAUUCACUGAUUCUAGGUGAAUCCGUGUCAACAACGCCACCACCGCCUCUGAUAGUUUUGACGUCCAUGUUUGCUGCCGAUGGUACAUUCAAGUGCGAGCUAGGUAAUGAAGCUGUCGGAGGGACUGUUCCCUUGCGCCCACCAGAUGGACUAGGGAUCUUUGAUCCUGCUACCUUUGAGGCGAUAGGAGAAGUCAAAAAACUUGCCUUUCCACGUUUACGACUGGAACCACUUGUAGACAUGGUGGUAAUUAUAGAAUUCCGAUCUUUAGUUCCUACAGUAGUGCCACUAUAUACCGAUCCGUUUAAACGAUUGGAAGGGUUCCCGUCGAACACAAUGCUUCGACGGUGGGGGCCAAUCAUGUUACCAGAAGAUGGAUGUCGUACAUGGACGCUUGGUGUUGAGAUUUCUGGCUGUAUUAUAGGCGGUACCACAAGAUUACCAUUCAUCUGCUCCUUAAACUCGAGCCCGCUCAAGUGCUUCGUGAUAUCCGCUACAGGAACAGGUACAGGCUCUCCUAUCCAAGAUUGGAACUCGCCCGAUUGGUUGCUGGGUGUAGAAGAUGAUGAGGAGUACUGUAUGUCAGCGUUUCGUACAAAGCUAGAGUGGGCCAUUUGGCUGGUACUAUUUGAAGCCGGUGUCCGUGAUCCGGAGUGUGGAGUAGGAGAGGAUCGAGUGCCAGCCGCAGUUGGUGUUGUUGGAAUACUAUCUCUAGACCUUGCUCUUGGAGAUAUACCUUUGAUAUUGGCAUUGUGUGGCGAUGCUGUCCUAGAAGAAAUUAGUAUUACUAUUUCCGUCAGUGUUUUGGAGGGCGGCGUAAAAACUUUCUCGCUUAUGUUUUUCACGGUUACUGCGGUCUCGUGGCUUGAGCUGAGUGAGUGGCUGGAGACUGGAGGAGACGAAGGUAGGGUAUGGAUGGUCUUCUGUGCUGGAAGUCCUGAGCUGCUUCGUUCAGUUGUCAAUGGCGAGCCGUUCGAGAUAGAUGUGGUGGGAGGAGUCAUAGAUGGGUUUGGUGACAUGGGAGGGGAGAAAGGCUCGUUAGGAAGUGGCCGCGUGUGCACCGCGUGCGAACUUGCAGCUGCAGCCUUACACUAUCCACCUCAACCCAUCACUAUCAGCAUGACCUUCAUUAGAAGAGACAGCUUCAUUUUCCGCAAGGAGGACAGAGAUUCCUGUCUGUCACACAAGAGGGGAAAAAAAAGGGACAUCGGUGGGAGUUCUGGGUUGGUCAAUUUGUCCAAUCCAUCAUUAACAUUUUUUUUUUUUUGUUGCGCCCACAUGAGCAGAGGAGCAUGUAUUAAGCAUCUUGAAGAGCAGCGAACAGUGCUCAAUGCCCAGUGCUCAGAGCAAAAUGUUUCCAUAGCCUUAACAAAGCAGAUAUGCCUUAGUGUAUAUAAUAAAAAUAAAUCUAUUACAUCUUUCCUUACCCCAAGUUCUGUCCACUGUGAUGAGAAGAGACAGGUGUCCUGUAUUGUGCAAUAUCCAUGUAUGUGGCAGUAUGGGACUGAUGUUGUUGUUGAUUUUGGUGCAAAAAGCCUAGUUGAUGUUGCUGGAACGUCUCCUGAAGAUGGGUUGGGUACUGCUCAUGCGAAUAUGUCUGGCGUCUCUGUUGCUGAUGAUGUUGUUGAUGUUGCAGCUGUUGUUGUUGAUGGAGAUGUAAUUCGUGGAAGCUCUGACGGGAUUGUAGCUGUUUUUUGUGGAUCUGUUGAUUCUGUUGCUGAAGAAGAAGUUGUGCUUGAUGUUGCUCCCAAGAAUCUGGCACCUGUGGAAGAGUAG